AUAGGGCGCUGCACAAAUGUCAUUACAAUUAUUAAAAGUUAAUUUAAAUUUUGGUUUAACGUAUUUAUCGAAGUUAAAAUUCUCUGGUGGGGCUUGCACUUUAACGUUCAGUCAUUAAAAUUUAAUGAUUAAAUAGAACGAAAUUUAGAGCAAAUAAAUGAGACAAAUUUUUUUGUACCGCAAAGCCCAGGCCCAGCUGGAAUACACGCGGUUAAACCGAAAAUAUAAUUUUAUUAUAAAACUAUAAAUAUAAAUUAUAAAUAAACAUAAACUAUAAAAACUUUUAAAAAGAAUAAAGCUGGUUAUUUCUUUCUUGUUUUGUUAUGAUAUAAGACAAAUAAAAUAAACUAAUAAUAAAUAAUAAAAUAAAAUUUAUCCAUUCAAUUGAAUUCAAUCAAAGUUCCUAACUCGGCAUCAACAUGAAUGUUCCUGUUGCCAAAAAGAGACGUUUUAAAUCAGAAAGCUGUAAAUGCAAAUCUGAUCAUUUCUCAUCACUCAGCAGCAGCAGCAAUAACAGCAAAGUUGACUUGAUAAGGAGGGCGGGUCCAUAUUUGAUUGGUCCAAUGUUGGGGCCAUCUCCGGUUUCCACUAUCAUCCACUGCCUGGCCAGGAAGGAGGGAACUACUGAAUUUUACAAUUUGAAGAUACUGACUCUUAAAAACAGCUUGAUGCAUGAAACCCCUGAAGACAGGCAAGGCAAGACUUUGUUGCACACAGAACAUUCUCUCCUAUCUCUUCUGAAGGACCAAGAAGGAGUGGUCAAACAUCAUGGACUCUUCCAAGAUCUUGCCAGAGAAGAACGAUCUUCACUGUUGCAACCAAAUACACUCGAGUACACCGGUCGAACUUACAAGCGUCUAAUUUUGGUGUUGGACUGUUUGGUGGCCCAUGAUUUUGAUGUGAGAACAUGCGAUUCCAUGAAUCUUCAACAUUAUGUAAUCAAGGAGAAGAAGUUGAGUGAGAAGGAAGCUCUUUACAUCUUUGCUGAUAUCAGUCGAAUUAUUGAAAAUCUACAUCAGAAAAAUAUAAUUCACAGAGAUUUGAAGCUCGGAAAUAUGGUGAUCAACACAAAAUCUCGACGCAUCACCAUCACAAACUUUUGUCUCGGGCGCCAUCUUAUUGGGGAAAAUGACUUAAUGAGAGAUCAGAGAGGUAGUCCAGCCUACAUCAGUCCUGAUGUUCUCAGUGGUCGUCCGUACAGAGGCAAGCCCUCAGACAUGUGGGCGUUAGGAGUCCUUCUGUACACCAUGCUGUUUGGGCAGUUCCCAUUCUUUGACAACACACCUCAAGAACUUUUUAGGAAGAUCAGAACAGUUGACUACACCAUCCCUGGGGAUGGGCGUGUGUCACAAAGUACAAUUCAUCUGAUAAACGGACUGUUAAAAGCCGAUGCCAGCAGUCGAUUGACAGCCUCUCAAGUCGUCGACAGUCUCAAAACUAUUCUGGCUUUUUGGAGGAACAUAACGGCUGAACACCUGCAACUUGUGCCCGACGUUGACGACAAACAAACGAACGACGACAACAAUAAAACUAACUUCAUUAACAAUAUCAGCAGCGAUAGCAACAUCAAUGAUUUCAAUAAUAAUGACGGAGCCAAAGAAGAAAAAAAGACGAACUUGAAGAAUCCAAAGAAGUUAUCUCUAACCAUUAACACGAACACCACCUCAGACGGCAAAAAUAAUAUUAAUAAUGCCGCCAGUGAUGGUAAUAAUUUCAGCAAUUCCAGAACAGCAGUAGUAGAAAGUGAAAGUGAAUUUGAGAGGAAAUUAAGAAAAGUUAGAGAAUUCCCAGAUGAGUCUGGAUUGGCGUCAAGCGGAAUUUUCCUCAGCAGACCUCUAAAAUUUGGUUACAACGAGAAUGGGAAGUUUGCGAAAAGAGCUAUGCAGUAUAUGACAACAUCAUUGUUUGCAUCGACUCUGGAAUCAUUAUCAUUGCAACAAUCGCAACAAUCAUCAUCAUCAUCAUUCUUAUUACACAAGCAAGGCUCUCUAUCAUUAUCAUCAUUACCAUCGUCGUCGUCAUCGCCAUCAUCCUUCACGAUGGUCAGAACUAGGAGUGUGUCAAGUGAUGAAACAUCCAUAAUUAACAACAACAUCAAUAAUUAUAAAAAUUAUAAUAAUAAUGAUAAUAAUGAUUGUAAGAAUGGUAAUCAGCUGAACGGUGACAAUGACUGCAGCAACAGCAGUAAGAAGAAAAUAAUAUUCAACAUAAGUUUCAACAUCGCCAUUGAUGGCUCCAAGAAUCAAAACAGCAGCAGCAACAACAACGUCAACAACAACAACAACGUCAACAACAGCAGAAGUUCUACUUACAUAAGAAAUUUGCACGGCAACAUUUUCACGACACCAAUAACAAGAUUAUACCCGGGCGCAGAUGAUGAUGCUGGCGGCAACAACAACAGCAGCAGCAACAACAUUGGUGGGCACGGGUUGACUGUUGAUGAUUUACAAAUUGUUAACAAUUGGUUGAGUGCUAGCAGGACGUUAUCCAGCUGAUUGAUUCAUUGAGUGGCUGAUUGCUGAAUGCCGGUUGAUCAGAUGCUUAUUUGUUUGUUUUUUGACCAGGUACGAACAAGUAAAUGAUUGAUUGAUUGAGAAAUUUAUUUAAACAAAAAGUUGUCCAGUAAACAUUUUUUUUUUUUUUUUUUUCUCAACUUUAUUUCAUAUCUCAAAAGAAAUGUUGACGGCUCGAGAAUGACGUCACGUUGCUUUGUUUUGCACGUUUCCCUACCAUUGUGUCUUUGAAAGAGUUUCAAUCUAGAUGAACUUUUAAACUAAAAAUGUAAUUAGAAUUCCACAUUUUACCUUACAGGUAGAUAAACAUGGCAGAUCGAUUAGUUGUCAUGUUGCGAUAUUUUGCACAGAAAAUUUCAUUUCGAGUGUAAUAAAUUAUUUAUCUGGAUAAAA